AUGGUGCCGGUCUCUAAUAGAGUGGGAACGGGGAACAUGGUGCGGGUCGCCUUGCAGUUGGAUGAUGGCUCCCGGUUACAAGACACCUUUCCCUGCCAGCAGACGCUGUGGGAACUUCUCGGCCACUUUGCAACGACCAGGGAGCUCCUGGAGCAGCGCGGUGGAUCCUCUCCCGUCUGUGUUUACAUGCGCGAUGAGAUAGCGGGAAAAGAUGCCCUGGAGAGGACAACCCUGAAGUCGCUGGGUCUGACCGGAGGCAGUGCCAUUGUCAGAGUUGUCAUGAAGAAAUGCAGCUCGCCUGGCCAGGAGGAAGCUGCGGGCACCGUCGUACAGUGUGAGGAGCUGGCAGCGACGCCCAGCUUUACUGGAGGAGCAGUGGAUGUGCCCCUACCUCAAGCAAACACAUUCCCGAAGGACUUGGACCACAGGGAUGUGGCCGUGUCUUCCAGCAGCUGCACAGACAAGCAAGACGCGAUCGGAGAAUCUCAAGCCAGCUUGGAGGAGCCGUGGCCUUCCUCGGUGCCUGAGUCUGUCCCGUUUGUCCCUUUUUUUGGAGACGGACAGCGUCUGGGGGGCUCUUCCGUAGCUGCACCAUCUCCUGGGCUCGAUACGCCCUCUUCAAAGCUGCCAACAACCUUUUCCAGCCCCGGAGGCCCUUCUAAGCCAAAGAAGUCCAAGAACAGCCAAGAACUGCAGAAGGAGCAAGGACAG